GCCUGAUGUUUACUUAUCUAGGCUUCUAUCUAAUGGAUGGACAUGGUCAACCUGCUCUACUCUACCUUGUUCCGUGUACAUUAGGGGUUGCUGUCAUAUUGGGUUUGGUGAGAGGUGAGCUGAGGCACUUGUGGACUUAUGGCACAGAAUCUCCCCCAUCAGCGCAAGCCCCUGGAGAAGCUUGA